AUGGACGCUUUGACAAAGAGGACAGUCAAAUCUUCGAGGGGCUUUUCCUACACGUAUUAUACAUCAGCACCAUCAAGUGGGAAGCCGAUCAUUCUUCUCCUCCAUGGCUGGCCUGACCAUGCGGCACUGUGGGGAGAUCUCGCAACGUGCCAUCUUAUUUCACAUGGUUAUGGGGUAAUUAUACCUGACUGUCUAGGGUAUGGAGAUACCUCGAAGCCUACCAAUCCGGAGGCCUUCAAUUCAUCUGGCCUGACCAGCGAUUUCAUUGACAUCUUAGACGCUGAGCAGAUUGAGAAAGUUGUUAGCAGUGGUCACGACUGGGGCGCGGGUCUUGCUCAUCGCUUUUAUCUCUUUCACCCUGAGCGUUGCUCUGGGCUGAUUAUGCUGAACUUCCCAGCAUCCCCUCCGCCACAAGGGCCAAUUGUGAUGGACCAGCUUGCUCCGGCUAUGAUCAAAUCGAUUGGUUAUUUCACAGGGUGGUACUGGUCUCUGUUCAGCGAUCCGGUCGCUGGACCUACGCUUCUAAGUCAGCAUACUGAAUCUCUGUUUACUGCGCUGCAUGCGGAACCAAUGGAGUGGAUGAACACACUCUGUGCCAAGGAUGGACUAAAACAAUGGUUGGAGCAGGACAAGAAAGGGCCCGUGCAAAAGUACGCCACUAGCCAGAUGCGAGAGAAUUUUAUGAAGCGUAUGACAAAGGAUCACUUAGAAUCGUCAUUAUGUUAUUAUCGAUCGCUCCUAGAUGGCCGCUUCUACGAGCAAGAUUCGCGGCUCCCAGCUGAGAGAUACAAAAUCGACGUACCAUAUUUAUUCGUGGCUGCUACCAAAGAUGUUGUUUGUCUAGCACAGGGAAUUAAAGAUAUGGAAACCCUUGGAUUGCUGCCUCACCUAACAGUGAGAGAAAUAGAUGCAGGCCAUUGGUGUAUGCUUGCGGAACCUGAUGAAGUCGGGAGGCACUUUGUAGAGUGGCUGGGGGAUAAUUAUUAA